AACGUUUGACGGCUUGAGAUUGUAAUAACUUGUUAUUCGCUUUCAAAGUUAAUUAAAUAUCGUUUCUGAACAAAAAGAUAAUGAAAACUGUGUAAAAUCUUUAACCAUGUUAAGUCAAACAUCUACGGAAGCUUUGCUAUCGGCCACAUAUGUUGAAAAUUACUUAGAUUGCGUGGAAAAUCUGCCUAAUGACCUGCAAAGGCAUUUAUCGCGUAUGCGAGAAUUAGACGUGACUUACAGAGAAUGCCUCCGAGAUGCUGAAACACACUUAGCAGUUUGUAUAGGCCCUAGCACAGAGGAGCGUCGUCGUGGAAGGGCGGCUAUACGUCUCCAGACUGCUCUGGUUGCUGCACAAGAAAUAGGUGAUGAGAAACUUCAAGUGGUACAGCUACUUCAGGAUCUUAUUGACAAUAAACAAAGGUCGCUGGAUGGUGAUCAUAAGAAACUCAUUUCCUGUUUGGAAGUAAACACAAAUGGCACAACUAAGGAGCCCUCGCCGCCCCAACCACCAGAGUCUCGUGCUGUAGAGAAGGAAACUAAUGUGCAACAGGUGCAGCCACAGCAUGUUCCACCACCCCCACCACCCGAGAGAACCACUGAGAAAGAAAAGGAGAAAGCAGAAAAAGACAAAUCUGGUGGUGAGCGGUGGUCAAAGCGAGCCCGUCGUUCGAGGACUACCACCGGUGCGGCCACAGAUGGCGCCGACUCCAGCGAACGCGAUAGUGAGCGACACACGCACAACACACAACACAAGAAAGGUAUAACAGGCAAGAAGAAAAAACGCAAAGCGCGUCAAACUGCACAACGUUCGGAAACACCGCCCGAGGAAGCCGAUGCGAUCGAUCCCGAUGAGCCACGCUACUGCCUCUGCGAUCAGAUCUCGUUCGGAGAGAUGAUACUUUGUGAUAACGACCUCUGUCCCAUAGAAUGGUUCCAUUUUUCCUGCGUAUCACUUACAACUAAACCAAAAGGCAAAUGGUUCUGUCCCAAGUGUCGCGGCGAUCGUCCCAAUGUAAUGAAACCUAAAGGUCAAUUUCUUAAAGAACUAGAACGGUAUAAUAGAGAAAAGGAGGAAAAAGCAUAGUGAUUAUCCGUUCAUAAGUGAGAUGACUGACUUUAAUAGCACCAAUAUUAUAAUUUGAAAUUGUUUGAUACUGAACAAAUUUCUUCGUCGCACUGAUAUGGUGAAUAUUUUUCAGAGCGGAGCCCUAGGCCUCCGCUCUGAAAAUCCGCCUUAUAUUUUUAUCGUGACACGAGCAUAACCACAGUUUGUGAUAUUCAUCUGUCCUUUUAUGGAAAGAUGCCAUUGUCUACAAAGGCAUAUAAUUUAAUAUUAUUUUAAUGACGUUAAAAUUAUGUCACACUAAUAUCUGCAUUUUGUGACACGAAAGUUGGCAGUUUUUGUGUGGCGUGAUAAAUCGAAUUUUUCGAUAAUCGAAUUUGAAGACAGAAAUCCUUGGCUUUUGUUACAUUUUUCAAUAACGGAGAUAAUAACCAGGUCGCUGAAGAAAAUUUUGCUGUGCACAAACUGAAUUGACUGGUCUAAAGAAAAGCGCUAUCUUUUUCCACAGGUACUAGGUAACGGUCAAUUUAGUUUUGUUUGUGUAUCAGAAUUAACACCAAUAUUAUUUAUUUCAACCAAUAUUAGGAUGUGAUCAAUGGAUUUGAUCUUUGAAAGUUUCUAAUUAUAAUAAUAUAAUAUUUUUAUGUUUAUGUAUGUUGAUUAGGUAAUUAUUUAUUAGCAAAUAAAUAAUUUUGAAGAUUUACAUUUUAUUUAUUUAAAAAAAUCUUUAUGUUUAUAGCCCGCAUAUAUUUUUUUUACUUUAUAUCCACUAUUCUGACGAAUAUUCUGGUUAGAGCCUCGGUAAUGAUGAAUUUAUAACAUUAUAACUUUGGAAUAUUAUAUCUUUGGCUUAUUUAUGUUCUAAUUAUUUCAUACAUCAAUUAAUAGUUUGUGUACAGCGUAUAUAUCAAUAAGAUAUGUAUUCUUACGAAAUAUAUUGUAUACUGUAAUUGAGUACAUGUAAACAUAAAUAUACAAUUCUGCUGCAGAAUAUAGGUUUAUAUUGUAUAUUUUUUUAUUACUUACAGCAACUAAUUGUUUAAUUAAAUUUGUUGUGGCAUACUUUAAUACAUAUGCAAGAAACUAUUGAGAAAAACCAUGUUAAAUAAAAAACUCUUGAAUAAUAAAAUUUUCCCGAGUGUUAUGCUUAUAAGUUUAAAAAAUCUUUUGUUUAGUUGCAGGCAAAAAUAAUUAGCCCCAAAUUGUAUAAACCUUAAACGAUAUACUUCUUAAAAACUACUAUUAUGAUGACGUCAUCUCACUGAGCCCCAACAGACUGCUGUCUAUCAGACAUGAGUAUUUAUAAUGUGAUGAUUAAAAUAUUCAGAUUUUAUAAUGACGGAGGAGUAAAUAUUUUAUUGCCAGAUUUAGAUAAUGAAUAUUUCAUACUGUGAUUUUAUUUAAUAUUCAUAGCAGAGCAUUCAUUUAUUAUGUCGCCCACAUAAUGAUAUAGGUACCCGCCCUUUUAAAAAUGUAAUACCCACUUAUAUAUGAGGUAACCAUAGCCUGUGCUGUUAAUUCUGGUGCGCAUUAGAAAUGCUGAAUUAGAAUCUCAAAUUUAUUUCUUCAAUACUAAGAAACUGCGCUGUGCGAAUCGCUCACUCAGCUACUUAACACAAACACUGACGGACAACGCACAACUUAAUCGUUUCAGAAGCACGAAAUUAUUAUUCUACACCGAAGAUGCGCGUUACAGAUUUUUUUGUAAAAUCAGAUGUGAAAGCUUACGUUACGUAAAUAAUCCGAUUUGACAAUGACCUAGAGGCUUAACUUUAAUCCCUAUUCCUCAUUUUUAAAUCUCCAACCACUGUCACCUUCUUAAAGUACCUACAGAAGAAAUAAAUUCCGACAUAAUUUAUGGAUGAUCUACUGGCAAAACUGUAAAUAUUAUAUUGUUUUCUACUAAUUUAGGAAAUUUAUGACAUAAUAAUAAUAUAAUGACUUAAGUACAGCGUAUAGAUAAUAUGUAUUACAAUUAUUCUGUACAGAAGAGUUUUCUAACGCUAUUGAAGCUAACAGAUUUAAUUUCGUCGAAUUAAAAAUAAGAUUUUAAAUUA